ACUAAAAUCCCCUGAGUUUCUCGAUCGAAUCACAGUCCAUCCAUGGCCAACUACACUUCUUUCCGUCUUCGUCUUCUUCUCCUCGUCCUCCUCUUUUCUUGUCACGAAGUUCAGAAGGGAUGUGCACGGGGAAGCCAAACGGUGAAUCAUGAAGAGCCUGACAAUUAUGUCGUCGAAAUGAGGUCGCUGACGCCGGCAAGUACUUGCAAAGAUCAAGCAAAGGGACGUGGAUUGACACUUGCACACAGGCAGGGACCCUGUUCGCCGCUUGCCGCAAACCGUCGAUCCCGCGAUUCCAAGAUCACUUUUCUCCGAGACCAAGUGCGGGUCUGUUCCAUGAACAACCUAGGAGAAUCUCGCCCGCUAACCGCUGGGAUUUACGGCGAGAACGCCUGGCUGCCCAUUCAUGGCGGCUCUCCCGGAGCCGGUGAGUUCGUGGUCACGAUUGGCCUCGGGACGCCGAAAGUCGACCUGACCCUAAUCUUUGACACGGGCAGCGACAUUACAUGGACCCAAUGUCAACCUUGUCCUCGUUGCUAUCCUCAGCAAGACCCAUUGUUUGAGCCACUCAAGUCUACUACAUCCUCAAACCCACCAUGCUCCGCAUCGAAAUGCAACUACUCGAUUGACUAUGCAGACGGAUCGCAUUCUGAUGGUUACUACGUCCGAGAUCUGCUCACCCUCACUCCGGACUGCAAGUUCCCGGACUUCAUAUUCGGUUGCGGGGAAAAUAAUAGCCCCAAUUUCAGCACCACGGCUGGUGUGCUAGGCCUAGGACAAGGAGACAACACCUUAAUCUCGCAGAUACCGUCAGAACUUUCGCAAAUCUUCUGCUAUUGCAUCCCUGGCAGCGAGAGCUCAAAUGGGUACUUACUUUUUGGGCUUGAAGCCCUGCGUUAUUGCCAGACAGACAGUUACACACCAAUCAUAAGUGACAAGAAAAACACGUCGUUUUAUUUUGUCAACUUGGUUGGUAUUGCCUUUGGGAAUCAGAAAUUUAGCCUAUCUUCAGAGUCUCCACGUCCUCGAACCAUCAUAGACUCCGGGACUACCAUCACUCGGUUGCCGCCCCGGAUUUAUUCAGCCAUUCGCGCGGAAUUCGUCAAGUACAUGUCUAAAUAUCCCGUCGCACGGCCUCUACCGGAACUGUUGAAUACCUGUUAUGAUCUUCAUGGCCAGAAGAAUGUGACCAUGCCGAAGGUGGUUCUACAAUUUCAGAAUACCAACGUUAGCUUGGACCCGUCCGCAGUAGUCUGGCGAGAGAGUGAUGCGCAAGUUUGCUUGGCCUUCGCACCGAACCGAAAAGGGCCAGACCUGGUCAUUAUUGGCAGCGUGCAGCAGCAGAACCUGAACAUUCUUUAUAAUGUUAAAGAAAACAAGGUUGAAUUUGGAAAAGGUAGUUGUGGCAACUGAGAGGCUACAAUUGAUGAAGGAAACCAUUGCAAUCGUUUUCCUUUAGCCUUUUUUUUUACUUUCAUAUAUAGAUUGUGCCUUGUGUCAUGAGGUGUGAAAUUUCUGUAGCAUGUCUCAAUGCAAUUUAGUGAAUUGGCCUAGACCGCACAAUGGCUUACUAGUCUUGAACACAGUGACCUUCUUGUUCAAUGCCAAUGUAAACUUUGGCCUCAUCGUGAAGAUAAUUGAGUUUGGAUUUAUUGAGUUGGCUUCU